AUGUAAUAAUUAUUUUUUAAAUGUGUAUCCAUCUUAUUGAGUUUAGAGCUUGGUUUUUAGGAAUAUUUUUAAGAGACGUAACAUUUUGAAAAUUCUGUGAAAAAACAAAAUAAAAUUAAAUUUUAAUAAUUUUUUAUCAAAAUAUAAUAAAUAGAGUGAUAUUUAUAGUUGUUAGAGGUAGAAAGAGCUGAGAUAGGCGCAACAAAGAUGUAUGGGAAUUCAUAUUAAGUGGAUGUAAAUAGAGAUACAUGAGAUAUAAAUAUGAUAAGACAAGAAUCAAGAAUAAAAUAUAACGAGAGAUGGUAGUCACAUGAGGUCGACAGAGGAGGAAGAAUGUGAAUAAAAUGAUAAAAAUUGGGAAUCUAACAGUUUCAGGUGGAUUAAGUGAGAAAAUAAGGGAAACGGGAACAAAAUUGUAGAGUAAUAGUUUGGGAAAAAACUCUGUAAAACAAGGGAAAUUUUAAAUAGAUUUUAAUUUAAACAUUCUUAGUUUGUGUAAUUGGUGUUAAUGAAAGUUUUAGGGGCAAGGGUGAGGUCUAGAAUUAAGGGAAAAGAGAAAACAACGAUGUUUUUUCAACACACCACCCCAUCGUAUUCCAAGCAACUGGUUGCAGAGUGCAAUUAAUGCCAAUUCCUCGACAAUAUGUAUGCGAAAGCAUCCCGAAUUUUUUAAUGCAGUGAACCAUCUGUGAUACAAAAGUACCCUAAAACAUCUAAAAGUUUCAGUAGUUGUUGUUUUCAAUUGAUUGUCUUACAAAAAGUGUACAAUCACAAAAUAAAUGUAUACCUUCACACUUUCGUUUUGAUCUUUAGAUUUAAAUGUUGUAACAUCAAAAAAUCGAUGGAUGUUAACUAAACCCUAAUGUAGAAAUAAUUCAAAAAUAGUUGAUGUAGUCUUUAUAAUUUUUAAGUUGUUUAAUUGUUCUACAGCAAACUCGUGAGUUUGCCCUGUAUGUGUGUCCAUUCUCUAAUGUAAGCCAAAAUAAUUUUUAAUCUCACUUUCCCUUUGGAAUCUGUAAUAUAAGAUCUAUUCGAUGGAUGUUAAUGAUUCUUUUUACCAAAAUUAUUUUACUAAUCAAUCUGGUUCUGUAAAUUCAUGGACCCCCAGUGUUGAGGGUCAAGAUUCAAAGGAGAAUGAUUUUGAUUACCAUUCAUUAAUUGAAUCAUUCAACAGUAAAAAUACUCUGGAAGUUCCUCUAGGAAGUCGCAGCCACAGUGUUGGGGAAGGUCAGAAUCAGUCAACCACCAGGAGUCUCACAGGUAUUAGCUGGUCAGAUUUCGGUGGCGGGUACUUAUCCAAGUCCCUAAAUAAACAGUCGUCCAACACAGGACUAACCUCAAGUCAGUCUGAAUUCUUUCAACAGUUGAAGUCGGAAUGGGAGUCGAAGCCGUCUUCAAACAACCCAGUUGAUAAUAGCCAAAAUGUGCAAAACAGUCUUAACAUCGGUGCUAAAACACCAAAUAUAAACUCUAUGCUCUCGAAAAUUCUGGAAGAAGGUUAUGAAACAAGGUUGAGUAGCUCACGUGCAUCUGAAAAGUCUACGAACAGGACAAGCAUUCCAUCAGGAGUGUGCCAAGGCCAUGGAAAUCUUAACAACUCGCUAGUUGGAAAUUCUGGAUAUAACCUUAUGUCAGAACAUGGAAUGCUUAAUAACAACCUUCUGAACUCACAGCUUUUGAAUAGCGGAAUUAACCUGGGAAACGUUAACAGCUUGGGAAAUAACUUGAAUGCCCAGCUGCUCAGGAACCAACUUAUUAAUAACCAGUUGCUUAAUAGGCGAAUCUUAAAUAACCAACUAUUAAACUCACAUAUGUUGGCAAAUGCCAAUGUGUUUGGAAACCCGAACUUGGGAAGAGGGUUCAGGAGUAUGGGUUACAAUAGCGAUUAUAUGUCAGGUGAUUUUCUCGGCGCAUCUGACUUCAUUACGAAUAACUUCAACGUUGACCCAAGUAGAAUCCCAAUGAACCUGUAUGACUACCACCCAUUCGGGUACAACAAGUUCUGUAAACCUCUAAAGUAUUUCAAAAACAGGCCUACUAGGAAGAAGAGGAAUAACAAGGCGGACCUUUUCCCACUCCCCUCUCUCAAGGACGCUGAGUUUGAGAAGGCAGUUAACUACUUGAAGCAGACGCUAGUGUCCCUCUAUAAGGACCAAAUCAUGCCCAUCUACUUCAAUGUGAGGGGAAGGUUCAUAGAGUUCAACACUGAGGAGAUUCCCCCAGAGCACAUAAUGGACCUAUGCAAGAGGAAACCCGACAUCUUCAACGUUGUCUCCAAUGGAUCUCUAAACGAGACGUUUAUUUACCUCGUGGAGGAACCCUCAUGGUUCGUGAAGUGGGUGGACAGAAACGACCUCAGAGACAUUUACCCUGCGGAGAUGUGGGACCAGUUCUUCCAGUUCAUCAAGAACUACAAGGACGAACAUGGAAAUGAAUACUUCCCGGGAAGCAUCUAUGGUAUGAGCAGGACCAUGCAAGAACAUAACCUUCCAUUCCUGGAAGGGAUGAGUCUGGGAACCAUAUGUCACAUCAUUCAGCUCGCAAUCAGGCUCAAGAAGUACCUGGUCUACGACAUGAAGACGCUCAAACCGUCUGAGUCUGUAAGAAGCGGGCAGUUUAUUCCAAUUCCGGAAGCCGUUGAGGAAAACGCUGAGCUACGGCAGGAGCAAAUUGUGGAAGAUCUCAAACAGGCCCUUGAAUCACAAAAUCCACUCGUGAUUGGUGAUGAAGAAUAAAAAUAAAAUUCAUUUCAUAAAAAUUUUUAAAAAUUAAUCUGUCAUUUUUCUAUCUAAAAUGAACAAGAUUAAUAUAUGGAAUAUUUAAAUUUUUUUACAUCUA